CCUGCCCAGCUCUGUGCUUAGCUUGGCUCUUUCCUCCCCUGUGUUGCUUUCCUUUGCCCUGCCGUCCCCAGACCCCCCUCUGCAAUGCUGCCGCACUGGCAGCUCCAAAUUCCUCCCUAUCACCUGUAAACUUACAAUUUAUAUUUGGUUUUCCAAUUACUUCCAUUUUCUUAAUCUUGGAGAAGUUCAACCUGUGGAUUUCAUGGAUCAGGAAACAAGGCUGUGAUCACCAAGUUAAAAUGGAAUAAUUAACUCACUGCAGGUUUUUUUUUUUUUUAGUGGAUGCUGAUUGGAUUUAUACUGAAGCUGUAACUGUCCAGUCAGUUCUGCAUGAGGAGGCUUUGCCCCCAACUCAAAGGAUUAUACCUGGAAUAGUCUCCAUAUCACCAUGGCUGAAGGAAGCAAAGCCGCCUCUUCCCCUUCAGCCGGUGGGCCCAGUGGAGCAGCAGAACCACAGACCAGCUCUCUCAAGUCCAAAGGUCUGGGGCUCCUCAGGAAGGUAAAAGUGUCUGUGGAGCUGUUGUUCGCACUGGCUGCUCUACUGUCCUGGGUGGUUGUGGGAGUGGUGAUGUUUGACUUUGUGGAGUACAAGGCAGUCCCUGACAUUCAGCAAAUUGUUACGGACCCUGUGCAAGCUGUAAAUGAUGCCGUUGAUGAAGUAUCCAGUCUGCUCAAUAAAUUUCAAGAAUGUGCACCUGAUUUAAGUGACCCCAUGUCUGUUGCCACUUACGCAGCUGAAGAAAUAUCGGGAGCAAAAGAUGGAAUUGUUCGAUAUUUUUCGGAUGAGGAGGGAAACUUCUAUCUCAGCUACGUUGACCCUGUGGUCAUUGGUAGACGAGCUUUCCAUUCAUCAAAUGACUUCAUGUGUGGAGUGGUGGGCUCUGUCAGGGACACACUGUGCGCUAUAGUGGAUACUGUGUUGGAUACUAUAUCAGAUAUAGAUAAAGGAAAAACUGACCUUAGCUAUAUUGACCCUGUGGUCAUAGGCAGAGAUGUCUUCAGUGUUACUAAUGAGUUCAUGUGUGGAGUAGAGGACUACAUCCAGGCUGUGUUUUGUGCCAUUUUGGACACUAUUCUGGAUGUAGUGAAAGGAACCAUUGACAUUAGCUUCAUGGAUCCUGUGGUAAUUGGCAGAAAUAUCUUCAGUGUUAGUAAUGACACUGUGAAUGGAGUAGCAGGUUACAUAAAGGAUGUGCUCUGUACCAUCUUAGACAGUAUACUGGAUAUAACGAAAGGAACCACUGACAUUAGCUUCAUUGACCCUGUGGUCAUUGGCAGAAAUGUCUUCAGUGUUACUAAUGACUUUGUGAGUGGAGUAGCAGGAUAUAUCCAGGAUGUGCUUUGUGCAAUUUUGGAUGUAAUACUGGACACAAUAAAAGAUAUCCAGGAUGCUGUGGGAUUCAGUCCCAUGUCGGUUUUGAAGAGAACAGCAGAAAUCACCACAGAACAGAUAAACAUGCUUGCGAGCUACGUCAUCGGAGAACAAGGGAUCAUGCCGGAAGUGUCCAUCGACCCCAUGAAAGUCGUGGAAGAUGCUGUGUUGGAGGUCACAGACAAGAAAGAUUUGUUCUUGGCGUACAUGUCAAGCAUGUUCAUUGGUGAUCAAGGUGAACCUAUUGCGACGCCAGUUGUAAAUGUAGUGACUGAAAAAGAUGAAACUGUAGCUGCCCCAGGUGAUGUAACUUUGGUGAGAAGAAAAGGUGAAUUUCUACCACCCUUUGAGAAAGUUACAGAGAUUAUGCACGCCGCCAAAGAUGAAGCUACUCCUGCUGCAGAGUUAAGUGAAGACUCAAAGAUUGUGGAGGAGGAGGAGGAGGAGGCUGAAGUUCCCACUGAAGCUGUCAGUGAAGCAGAUGUGCAAGAGGCAGAUGAAGAUGAUGUGAAACUUGUCAACCUUGAAGAAACAGAACAUGAACCACCACUGGAAGAAGGGGGAGUUCUUGAUGAUGACAUCAAGGAGGAGGAGAAAGAAGAAGAGGCAGAAGAGGUAGAUACUGAGGAAGAGGAGGAAGAAUUAAAAACAGAGGAGGGUGAAGGAAAGCAAGGAGAGGGAGACAUUACAACAGAGGUGGUUGAUGAGGAAGAAGAGGAGCAGGAGGAGCCAAAAACAGAUGAAGAGGUGAUAGAAGAGGGGGGAGGAGGAGGAGGAGGAGGAGGCAGAAACUGAAGAUUUGUUAGAAGAUGAGGAGGAGGAGGAGGAAGAGACCAACACUGAGGUUUUGGUAGAAGAUGAGGAGGAAGAGGAGGAGGAAGAAGAAGAGGAUGCCAAAACUAAUGAUCUGGUAGAAAAUGAGGAGGAGGAGGAGGAGGAGGAAGAAGAAGAGGCCAAAACUGAAGAUUUGGUAGAAGAUGAGGAAGAGGAGGAGGAGGAGGCCAAAACUGAAGAUUUAGAAGAAGAUGGGGAGGAGGAGGAGGAGGAGGAGGAGGAGGAGGAGACCAAAACUGAGGAUUUGGUAGAAGAUGGGGAGGAGGAGGAAGAGGCCAAAACUAAAGAUUUGGUUGACGGUGUGUUGGAGGAGGAUGAGGAGGAAGAAGAGGAGGAUAAAGAAACUGAGGAGGAGGAGGAGGAGAAGAAGGAGGAGGAGAUCAAAACUGAGGAUUUGGUAGAAGAUGAGGAGGAAGAAGAAGAGGAUGCCAAAACUAAAGAUUUGGUAGAAGAUGAUGAUGAGGAGGAGGAGGCCAAAACUGAUUUAGUAGAAGAUGGGGUGGAGGAGGAGGAGGAGGAGGAGGAGGGGGAGGAGGAGGAGGAGGAGGAGGAGAAGGAGGAGAAGGAGGAGACCAAAACUAAGGAUUUGGUAGAAGAUGAGGAAGAGGAGGAGGAGGAGGAGGCCAAAACUGAAGAUUUAGUAGAAGAUGGGGAGGAGGAGGAGGAGGAGGAGACCAAAACUGAGGAUUUGGUAGAAGAUGGGGAGGAGGAGGAGGAGGAGGCCAAAGCUGAAGAUUUAGUAGAAGAUGGGGAGGAGGAGGAGGAGGAGGAGGAGGAGAAGGAGGAGACCAAAACUAAGGAUUUGGUAGAAGAUGAGGAGGAAGAAGAA